AUUAUACCCCUGCAUUCACGGCCUUUGCUAAGGAGCAACUUGCCUCCUCAAUUGACCUCCUGCGUAAAAGCAUCUACCACCAUCAGCACCAAGUCCUCGCACGUUCGGCACCUUCCCCUUGUUGCUCACGCUACAAUAGCGUAAACAUGAUGCUGCUUCAAAGCCGUCGCGUGGCGCUCGGCGGCCGGGAUCAUCGAGCGGCGACGACCCGAGUCCGCUUCUGUGCCCACCCUCGCCGUAUCAUCCGCGCGACUCAGGUUUUGGUCAACGCCUCGGCCGCGGCCGCGGCGCCGCUACCUGGCGGCAGCAGCUCCAGCUCUCUGGGCGGCCUGGCCAUCCUGCAGAACACUCGCCCCGUGGACCGCCUGCGCUUCCAGGCCAUCCUGGUGUUCCAGCACUUUGACACCGAGAAAACGGGUCGGCUGGCUCCGGAGCAGCUGACUGCAUACGAGGCGUACAGCGCGGAGCGGUUCGGCACCGCGGCGGCUGAGGCGAUGAAGCCUGCGUUUGAGCGGGCGCGGGCGGCGGCGGCGGCGGUGCCGGGCGGCAGUCUGGACAUGGAGGCGUUUAUUGACCUCGUGCGAGACCAGGUCAAGGUGGCCACCACCAGCCGUGAGUUCCCGCGCUUCGUGUUCCCGGAGCAGGAGCUGGGCAAGCUGGCCUGGGGCGCCUCGCUGUCCACCGCAGAGCUGUCGUCCGCGCUCGCCGUGUUCCGACUGCUGGACUUCAACCUGGAUGGCUACGUGAAGCUGGAGGACCUGCGGAGGGCACAGGGCAUUGAGCGGGAGUUUGUGAAUGAGAAGCUUGAGGACGCGGACACCAACGAGGACGGAUUCCUGAACUUCAAGGACUUCCUCACAAGCUAUGCGCGCGACCGGCCCGUCAUAUUGAACAUGCUGGUGCUGCUGGCACACACGGCGGCGUUCUGGCUCAUCUUCAACCUGCCCGGACUGGAGCUGCCUGUGAAGGCGAUCAUGGCGUUGGGCCUGAUGCUGAAGCCGCAGUUCGUGACCGGGCCCGUCAUCAAGCUGUACACCAUCUUCCAGACCAUCUUCAACCGCGCAAAGGCGGAGAUUGCGAUGGCCAAGGAGCGGGACCAGUAGGGGGGCUGCCAGGUUACCACAUAAGAAUACGGAUGUUACAGAGGGGACAGUCCCAGCACCCGAAGACGCCGAGCCAUCACAUGCGAGGUUAGCACAUAAGGAACGGGUUGAUGACCGGGACCAGGCUGGCGUACGGGGCAGCAUUGUGCGCAGGGGAGUGGAGCUGUCGGUGGCGUGGGGGCUGGUAGGGGGUGGGAGUUUUGGAGCUGGCGUGCCGCGCACACGGACCGCAGCUUGUAGGGUCUUGCUGCGGCAUGUGACACGUGUGACAGCCAGAAGUGAAGGGACCAGGGGAGGUUAGGACGUGAGGUUGGGAAGGUUGACAGGGUCAUGCUUGUGUUGGUGCGCUGUACAAGCGGGGCUGCAGCCAUGGUGCUCCAUCUGUGGCUGACCUGUUGACAGCCCCAGAGGUCGGCACAAGGACUGAAGGAGGCCGCCAGGCAGCGCAACUGGUCGCUGUGGCCGUGUGUGACGGGUGCAACCCACAAUACCGUAGAUUCAAGUCUGGGCUUGUUGAGAGAACGGACGGGAGAGCGCAUUGACUUGAGCGUGUUGUGUUGGAUUGCUGCGUGGGAGAGAAAGUAUGAUUGAGAGAGGCAAGAAAGGCAGUUGUGCGGUUGAUAAGACUCGACCUGACAGGCUGACAUGGCGGCGUCAAAGCAACCUCUGCGGGGGGGACGUCGGUGCUGCUGCAGUGCUGCUGCAGUGCGUGAGCUGCUGGAGGAGGGAGGAAUAGACGCUGCCAGAUUCGCUGUUUCGCUGACGCGAUAGACUGGCUGAGGCACGGCACGGCACGAUCUCGGGACUCAACGGACCCAAAACUUCGAGCUUCUUCAUGGCCAUGUGAAUAUGUCCGAUGA